UGUUUGAAUGAAAGGAUAAUUUUAAAGAUCCAUUCUACCUAAUUUGGACAUGAUAUAACAGAGAAUUUUGUGCUGCCAAGUGAAUAUGACUAAAAUUGCUUUUAUUGGAAAUUUUGAAUGGGUAAUCUAAUUGACUUUAAAUCUGUGCCUUUUAUAAUAGUGCUUUUUCUAUGGAAUGUUACAUUUGCAUGAAAAAAAAAAAAGGAUUUGGUUUUAUUUUUAAAUUCACUCAUGGACUACCGUUGUCUACCGUGGAAUUACUGCCAAAUGUUCAAAGGAAUUGGAUAGGAAGCUUGUUCAAUAUUUGACAAACUUAUCGGAGGCAUUAAGGGUUAACAUGCUACGCUUGAUUUAAAUACUUGUGUAUUGCGAACUGAAUGGCUUUGAAUAUAUAGUAGGGUAGUAUUGAUUGAACAAAGGGAGAAAAUACGUUUAAUGUGCUGGUAAUUGGAAUAUAAAUUUUUGCCCAAAACAAACUUGGUGACGUAAUCCCAAUCCGAGAGUGAUCUAUGUUGAUAGACAUUGAAGAGAGCUGAAGUGUGGUUAACUUUCUUUUUAUGUCCAGUGAAUGAGCUGUGGAGUGUUUGAUUUCUAUAUAGACCCCCUUAGUUACCACAUGUAAAAGAUACCUAGAGACAGGGCCUUGGAGUUCUGUUUUGUUUUACCUUGCAAAUAUUACCUCCAGUGCUUAAAAAAAAGUAACAUCAGCUCUAUUAUACCAAUCCUAGAUGGACAUUUUUUUCUUGGAAUCAGGAUUCUUAGUGCUGUGAAAUGAAUGGUGUUAACUCAUUAUGAUAUAAGUGGGUGUUAGAUUCUAAGACUUUUUCCUAUUGGUUGGACAGUUUAGAAAAGCAUUGAUAUGAUGACCAAACGCAGGGCUAACCAAGGACCAUCAGGGGAUGUCUUUCCAGCUCUACCUGCCAUUGAUUUAGGUUGGAGAGCACAGCCAAAAGUGGGAUCUCUAGAAAAUUCUCACCACAAGCCAGGAGGUGGUAACAUAGAAAUCCAGCAGCGAAAACUGCAGUGGGCAGCUGAAGCUAAGGUUGGUUCACUUGAUGACAGUCAUUUGCGGGGAAGUCAAAAAAGACCCCGAAGUUUUGAUGGAAUUGAGUACAUCAAAUUUCCAAGUAUAUAUCGUAAAAGAACGAGUGAUCUCAAUCGAUGGGAGGAACCAAAGACAACUGAAGAUGGAGCAUAUGUUCAUAUCAGGAAUAAGAAAAUUCAGGCAGGACCAAAAGUUGGAUCAUUGGACAAUGUCCAUCAUAGACCUGGGGGUGGUGAUGUGAAAAUUCUGGAUGAAACUCCUCGCUGGGAGACAGCCGCCAAAGUGGGAUCUUUGGACAAUGUGACUUAUUCUGCCGGAGGAGGAAAUGUUCAUAUCCCAAAUGAAUCCCUCCAUUGGAGAGCUGCACCAAAAGUGGGAUCUUUAGAAAACAAGCAUUAUACCCCAGGAGGAGGGAACGUUCAAAUAGCUGAGCAAAAACUGCAUUGGAAUGCCUCACCCAAAGUUGGAUCAAUGGACAACUUUACUUAUUCACCUCGAGGGGGAGAUGUGAAGAUUCUGGAUGAGAAACCAAGAUGGAGGGCAAGCCCCAAAGUUGGAUCUCUAGAAAAUGCUCAUUAUCAGCCAAAACAAGGGAACGUUUCUAUUAUAGACGAGAAGCCAGUGUGGGAUGCACAUGCCAAAGUCAGUUCAUUGGACAAUUUAACAUAUCAACCGGGAGGGGGACACAAAACUAUCAUCAAUCAAAGAACUCAGUGGAAUGCCUCACCCAGAGUGGGUUCAUUGGAUAAUGCUCAUUAUAAGCCAGGAGGAGGAGAGGUCCAUAUACACGAGGAUAGACUCAAAUGGAAUGCCUCCCCCAAAGUUGGCUCCCUGGAUAACAGAACAUACAGACCGGGAGGGGGUGAAGUCAGCAUCAUUAACGAAACCCCACGCUGGCACGCCUCCCCCAAAGUGGGAUCUCUAGAAAAUGCUCAAUAUCAACCCACGGGAGGAAACGUAUCCAUUGUCAAUGACCCCAGACGUUACCAAAGUGACCCCAAGGUCCACUCUCUAGACAACAUUCACUAUAAGCCAGGGGGCGGGGACAUCAAAGUGCCAAUCAAAAUCAUGCCGUAUCCAAUCGGAUCUCUCAACGAUCUUCCUCAUCAAGGAAAGCACAGUCGAUUAAACAGUCGGGCAUCCUCCACCAGCAAAGGAUGAUGGGAUGUCAUAAGUCGGUAAACGUAAAAUUUUCGAUUCCCUUUCAGAGUAGAUGCUGGGGUUGUGUAGAGUAUACACACAUAUUCUUUUGCUAAUCAAAAAGUAUUUUUUGUUGUAGAUGUAUAGACUUUUUGGUUGGCAAUCAUACAUUUGAGCAGAAUAUUCAUAUCUUGCCAAAAAAGGGCUUUUCAGAUACACUCAAUCUAUAAAGAACUUUCCCUCAUCCUAUCAAUUUGGACGACAAUGAAAAUUUGUCUGGCUUCCAAUGAGAACACAGGCUGGUUUGCUCAAGUGAUUUCAAUUUAAUAAAGAAAAAUAAGAGAGAGCUCAGAGAUUUGAAAGAGCAGUUUUCGAAAUAUGAUUGCAUGAGAACAAAUUGGCAUGCAGAUGUAAUCAGACUUUUUCAUUGCCAAAAAAAAUUUCUUGAGCAAGCUUUGAACAAACAUUUCCAUCAAAGGUAUUGGGAUCUUGUAUUGCACAUCAAAAUCUGCAUUUGCUCAAACAUUUUGUUGACCAUCACCAUUCUU